AGACGGCGGCGUCUCCCGCCUCGCUCCCCGUGACUCCGCCGCCGCUUCCCCCGCCUCUCGGUGCCUUGCGAAAGGACGAGGAAGACGCGGCUGGCCCGGCCUGCGCGACCCACUUGCUGGCAGCACCAAAAUCCCGAGGAAGGCCGGGCCGAGGCGGGGGAAGAAACGCUUCUCCUCCUCCUCCUCCCGCCCCGCUCCCCGCCCGGCCGCCCGCCUCUCUGCCGGGAGCUUCAGGCAGGCUGGAGCGCGGGAGGCGAGAGGGAGGGAGAUCCGCCGAGGCGACUCCGGCGCUGCAAGAGGCUGCGCUCUGAUCUCUGCUGGCAUCAGAAACCAGGAGCUGAUUUGCAUAUGUGAUCCAACAAGAAAAGGAAAUGAAGAUAAGAGGUAGUGACUGAAUUCUUCGCCAGCUGUGGUAGACAAAGAUUCACAGAAUUUGCAACGAAAAUUGCCCUCUAAUCUCAUCCUGUUGAGUUAUGGAAUCAAUUUCUAUGAUGGGAAGUCCCAAAUCUUUAAAUGAAACCUUCUUGCCAAAUGGUGUAAACGGUAUCAAGGACACCAGCAAGGUCACAAUAGGCAUAAUUGGAAGUGGAGAUUUUGCAAAAUCACUGACCAUUAGGCUUAUUAGGUGUGGGUACCAUGUGGUCAUAGGAAGCAGAAACCCUAAAUUUGCUGCUGAGUUCUUUCCACAUGUGGUUGAUGUCACUCAUCACGAAGAUGCUGUAGCAAAAGCAAAUUUGAUUUUUGUUGCUAUACACAGAGAACACUAUGCUGCUUUGUGGGACCUCAAACACCUGCUUGUUGGUAAAAUCCUUGUAGAUGUCAGCAAUAACAUGAGAGUUAACCAGUAUCCAGAAUCUAAUGCAGAAUACUUGCAGUCACUUUUCCAAGAUUCUUUUGUUGUCAAAGGAUUCAACGUUAUCUCAGCCUGGGCACUGCAGUUAGGACCCAAAGAUGCUAGCAGACAGGUCUACAUAUGUAGUAAUAAUUUUCAAGCUCGACAUCAAGUUAUGGAACUUGCCCGUCAACUCAGCUUCAUUCCUCUUGAUUUGGGCGCUUUAUCAUCUGCAAGGGAGAUUGAAAAUUUGCCUCUUCGCUUGUUCACGCUGUGGAAAGGACCAGUAAUAGUGGCUGUCAGCCUGGCCACCUUCUUCUUCAUCUAUUCUUUCAUCCGAGAUGUAAUUCAUCCUUACGUGAGGAACCAGCAGAGUGAUUUCUACAAAAUUCCUAUUGAGAUCGUGAAUAAGACAUUGCCAGUUGUUGCUAUCACUUUGUUGUCUCUAGUGUAUUUAUCAGGGCUGCUGGCAGCUGCUUAUCAACUUUAUUCUGGCACUAAGUACAGGCGAUUUCCACCUUGGUUAGAGAGCUGGUUGCAGUGUAGGAAACAGCUUGGACUGCUUAGCUUUUUCUUUGCAACGGUGCACGUGGUUUACAGCCUCUGCUUGCCCAUGAGGAGGUCCGAACGGUACUUGUUCCUGAAUAUGGCUUAUCAGCAGGUCCAUGCGGAUGUUGAAAAUACAUGGAAUGAGGAAGAAGUCUGGCGGAUUGAAAUGUAUGUCUCCUUUGGAAUAAUGAGCCUGGGGCUGCUUUCUCUGUUGGCUGUAACUUCUAUUCCUUCAGUAAACAGGUCGUUAAACUGGAGGGAAUUCAGUUUUAUCCAGUCUACUCUUGGAUACGUCGCUCUGCUCAUAAGUACCUUCCAUGUGUUAAUUUAUGGGUGGAAAAGAGCCUUUGAGGAACAAUACUACAGAUUUUACACACCACCAAAUUUUGUUCUUGCACUUGUCUUGCCAUGCACAGUAAUUCUGGGUAAGGUAUUUUUGCUGCUGCCGUGCAUAAGCAGGAAAUUGAGGCGGAUAAGAAGAGGAUGGGAAAGAAGACAAUUUAUGGAAGAUGGAAGUGGAACUGGUUCACAUCCCUCGCCAGAAAGGGUUACUAUCAUGUGAGUCCACAAUGACGCUAUCGCCUUUGUCAGCAUUGUCCUUUCAAAGUGAUGUAGUUCAUAGAAGCUUUACUGUAGACUGAAAACUGUGGGAAACAAGUGAUGAUAUGCUGUAAACUAUUAGGAAGUGGGCAGUGUUGGUCAAUGCAAACAUUUUUAAUGUGGCGUAAAUGUCUUUGAGCACAUCCCUGCAUUCUGAAGAUUUGCUGUCUGGGCAGAGAAAGUGGGUUCUCAAACCUCUUCUGCCACACUUGGGUUUAUUAAGCAUGUUGACCAGAGAAUAAAUACCAUUGAACUCCAUGGGGUUUAUAUCUGAGUGAAGAUUCUUAGCAUUGCACCAUUCAUAAUGUUACAGCUGUCUUCCCUUAGGCUGCCAGAUUCAGCGCUGGAGAACAGUCAUUUUCCUUUAAAUCUAUUAAUGUUACAAAAGUCCUAUCCUUUCCUUCCCUGGCCCAGCUAUCUACCUCCUUUCCUGCUUGCUAUAUGCCGUGCCUGGAGCCUUGAUCCAUUAUGGUAGGUUGGAGGAGUGGUGUAAGCACCUGCCCCAAGAAUCACUGCUGAAUUUGGCUCCCCUGAAACAAAAUCCUGUUUCCACACACUGAGGAGCACCAAGCAGGUAGAUCUUGCCAACCUUUUAAUGCACAUCCCAUAAUGCACAAAUUAGCAUUGCUCUGGGGCAUUGUGGAAGACUUAACUGGUGGCCAAAUGGGGGAAAGGCUGCAGGAGAGAGCUUUCUUCAAUCUCACCCACAUUUGCAAGCAUUUGCUCCAUUGUUUCCAGUGGGACUUGGACACCAUUGGGAGCACUGCCAUCACAG